GGCACCAGGGAAGAUGGUGCCUGUCCUGCUGUCUCUGCCGCUCCUCCUAGGGUCAGCGGUCCCCCAGGGGACUCAAGUAGGUCCUUACUCUCUCACCUUUCUCUACACUGGGCUAUCCAGGCCCAGCAAAGGCUUCCCCAAGUUCCAGGCCACUGCCUUCCUCAACGACCAGGCCUUCUUCCACUAUGACAGCGAGAGCAGGAAGGCAGAGCCUCUGGGGCCGUGGAGUCAGCUGGAGGGGAUGGAGGACUGGGAGAAGGAGAGCCAGCUUCAGCAGGCCAGGGAGAAAAUCUUCCUGGAGACUUUGACAGAUGCUAUGAACUACUACCAGGCGAAUAAAGGGUCUCACACCUUCCAGGGAAUGUUCGGUUGUGAGCUCCACCGUAACAGAAGCAGUGGAGCAUUCUGGAGGUAUGCCUACGACGGACGCGACUUCAUCGAAUUCAACAAGGAGAUCCCGGCCUGGGUUGCCUUGGACCCAGCAGCCCUGAACACCAAGAAAAAGUGGGAAGCAGAACCAGUGUACGUGCAGCGGGCCAAGGCGUAUCUGGAAGAGGAGUGCCCAGGGAUGCUGCGGAGGUACCUGAACCACAGCAGAACUCACCUGGACCAACAAGAUCCUCCCUCAGUGACAGUCACCAGCCACAUGGUCCCAGGACGGAACAGGACCCUCAAGUGUCUGGCCUAUGAUUUUUACCCAGGAGGGAUUGAUCUGCAGUGGACUCGGGCCAGAGAGGUGCAGAAGUCUGAGUUAGAGAGAUAUGUGCUCCCCAGCGGAAAGGGCACUUACCAAGCCUGGGUGGUGGUGGGAGUGUCUCCUCAGGACCGAGAGCCCUACUCCUGCCACGUGGAACACCGCAGUCUGGCCCAGCCCCUCACAGUACUCUUGGACCAGAGACAGAAAGGAAGGGCUGGAGGCACCAGUAACCAUCCCCUCUCUGCCUGA